UGCUUACUAAGCUUUCCAAGAUUGCGGCACAAUCAAGUGCUGUGCCUGCCGAGCCUGCCUGGGGAGCGACUAAAGAACACCUCGCCCUUACGACUCCGCGCCUACAAGUACAGAUAUCUGAGCUCUCUACCAUCUCGGAAGCUUCGCAGACUCUCAUCGCAAACAUGUCGGCUCUAGAAUACUGGCGACAGUGCCCGCCCAUUUCGAGGUAAGCUAUUGACUUUUUCCCCGCCCCCCUACAUCAAUGCUGAUGCUGAUCUAGUGUAGGACAAUUGCUACCUCCGCGGCCGUCAUGUCAAUUCUUAUCCAUACCAAGAUGAUCUCAUAUGUUCAUUUUGUUUUCUACCCACCAUUUCUGAUGAAGCUGCCUCCAAAUAUCUGGUCAAUAGCAACUUGCUUUCUGCUCACGGGGAGUGGCUUUUCGAUAAUAAUGGAUACGUACUUUUGUAGGUUCCACCAGCACAUUACUACAAUGAUUGUUUGUGAGCUCUGGCUGACUCGAGGACAGUAUACACGUACAGUGCCAAGCUAGAGACCGCAUCCCCAAAGUUUAGCCAACCGGGAGAUUUCUUCACGUACAUCUUAUUUGUGUGCUUUACUUCGUUGGUAAGCUUUCACUACUUCGGACAAGGUUUCCUAUGUUUUAUCAUUCUAGCACCUCACAUUAUCUGCCCGCGUAGUGCAUUGCUACCAACUAUAGCGGUUCCUGGAGAUGAGGAAGAUUACCCCUAUACCUCGGCUGGUCCAUCAUGUCAAUCAAUCCAAAAGGGCCACUUUGCGGUAUGGGCAUGGUGGGAUGUCCUCAAUUACAACUAUCGCGAUUCUCUUACUUCGCUUUGGUAUUUGAGGCUCCCUACAUUUCUCAUCGCGUUAAACGAAUACAAUGCCGUUGGAACACAGUACAAAGCCCCCUUUGACUAACAAUUGUUAGGGUUUGUGUUACUUGAUCACAGGUCCUGGUUUCUACACCUCGGCCCUUAUCCUCGCUCUAUGUUACACAGGAAGCCAAGAUGCUCGAGGACAGAUGGCUACCUUAUAUGUUGUCACGAUACCAGCACAAUGGAUGCCUUACUGUCUCAUCCUAUUGACCUGGGUUACUGCAGGCACGACUCCAGCAAUUGUAUCAUUGAUCGGACUCAUGUCAGCCCAUUUGCAUUUGUUCUUGACAAAGCUCUGGCCAGAGUUUGGUGGUGGAAGAAACCUUCUCCCUACCCCAGGAUUCAUUAGACGCAUGUGGGAGGCCAAACAGACUACCGUUACCAACAGAGGUUAUGGUACUGCGAUUGCCCCUGGCCGCCCAAAGUCAGCGGAGCAAGGUUCUGGGCCUUUACCUGAUUCUUGGAAGUCCCGGGGAAGUGGACAUCGACUUGGUUGAGGACUGGACUGUGUAUCUAUUAGUUUGUUUAUGGAAAAGGAAAAGUUCGGCAACGGAAGCGGGUAUUAGAAGCGAAUAAUUAUAUUUUUCUGCCAA